UUUUAACCUUUGCCAUAAGGGACAUUCCGGACAGAAAAAGCCAUUUCAAACAAACUCAUUUCACGCCGCUAUCACACAGCGGGUCUGGGACUCCGGGUCACAUCGUAAUAAUAAUUGUAAACAGUGAAAUUUCCUCCAUGUCACCGAAAAAGAAACCAAAGCGAACCCAGUAUCUAAUUCAGAACCAAGCGACGAAAAUGUACUGUUGCUAAACUGUUUAUCACGCUUGCCGGUGUGAAGUACACAGUGAUUAAGUGUUACUUAUAUAAGCUUAAGUUUACACGAUGUACAAUCUUGGACCAGUGUAGGAAAGUGAAGCUCACCAGUAAAGCGUAAUGAAGGUCUGCACAUCCUGAAUUUUUAAUCCUAGUAUCAAACGGAUCUUCUUCUUCUUCCUCUUCUUCUGCUAAUUCGACUUUUUCUUUCUCUGCGUCCUCUUUUUUCUGCUUUCCAUGUCCCGAUCCAUGGAACGCUCUUCCGCCAUGAUGAGACAUGACUGACAUGUGGACACUUUGUGUAAUGGCAAAUGAAGGAACUCCCUGAGAUAACAUCUGCUAGUAACGCAGGCUCCAAUAUUUGUAAAAUAUGGCGGGUUUGCAGUGUUUUGGUUGUGGGCAAGAAUUUGGCUUCUUUAAACGAGAGCAUGGAUGCAAAAAAUGUGGCCGACUGUUUUGCUCUGGCUGUACUUCUCAUUCAGUGAUUUUGCCAGAACAUGGUUCAAAGAAAAUGAAAGUGUGUGAUCAGUGCUACAAGAAUACAACAAGAAAGCUGGAGAAGGAAUCUCAAGGUGCAGAUGGGCGUAAUUUGAAUGACUUAAACAAGGACACCGCUUUACCUAGACCUAGUUUUAGCACUAGCAGUUGUCAGAAAAGCGACACAGCAGCUGGAAAAGUUGAAAGAAAUAUACAUGUACCUAGCUCAGCAUCUUCAGAAAAUGAAAAUCUCUCAGCUGAUCCUGACGAGGCAAUUAGGAGGAGGCUUGUAGAGCUGAAGACCAAUGAUUCUUGUCCAGAGAAACUGCCAGGGUCAGCACUAACAGAUCAAGAAUUAGGAGAAAGGUUUGAGAGCCUCACUGGCAGAAAGGCAACAUCCAUGCAGAAAUCAAAUAUCAAUACCCUCCUGCCAAAGAAAUCUGAGGUGGAAGAGGUGAAUGAUUUGAUGAAGCAAAUGUUAGAAGAAACCAAGCUUGACGAGGAUGAUCCAAUGACUGCAGUUACAGUUACAGACAAGGAAAUUGAACAGAGGCUGGCAAAACUGAAGGAUAUUGAUCCAAGUCUCACAAAUCAACCUAAAUUUAGUGACUUUGACAGUGAUGAAGAUGAUGAAACAGCAAGUAAAAGAUACCUCAAACAGAUAUUAGAUGAAGCAGCUCUGGAAAUAAAAACAGAUGAUAUUGACACUGGUAAAGGUCUUAGCAGCACUGGCAAGUCUAGAUCUCAAAAGCCAGGAAAAUCUAAGCCUGCAGAUGUCAAGCCUUCAGCCAAGCUUAGCAGCAUUUUUAGUAAAGAUUAUGAAGCAAACAGUGAUGACGAUGAGUUACCCUGGUGUUGUAUAUGCAAUGGAAAUGCUGUGUUAAGAUGUCAUGGUUGCGAUGAUGACUUGUAUUGUCGGCGUUGCUACAGAGAGGGCCACAGUCGGGAGGAUUUUGAAGACCAUGACAUAUCAGAAUACAGGCCACCGAGAAAGAAAACAUGAUCUGCAGAAUAAUUUAUUCCAUCCCUGUGUUAAUUUGCCACGAUAUUUAUAAAAUAUGGGGUGAAAACAAUAUUUUUAUUAUGAAUAUAAUUAUACAAUAGUCAUGAAUAUAUUGUCUCAGUCAGCUGAGGAUAAACAGAAAACUAAUUUGAGGAUUACAACAACCCGCGAAACUUUUA